AUGUCUGAUCGAGGUUACACCGACGUUGUCGAGUAUAAAUACAAUGUAAAUAAUAGCCUAGCGGCAAAUGAAUAUGACCCGGCAAAUUACAAAAUGGAACAAUCACCCAUUCCAAACAAAACAGAAAUGAAACAGGAAGAAUACUAUGAUUACGUCGCGCAACCGCAAGGAUAUGGUUACUAUGAUGAUGAGGAUGAGGAAGACGAUGAUGACAAAGAGAAAUGCAAAUACAAUCCGUAUUAUACAGACCAGAAGAGUGUUAUUCAAGAUCAGAAAACGACUGUUCAUAAUUUGGGAAAAGAGGAUGAACCAAAAAAGAAAUGCAUCUCCGGAGUUGGUGAGCUUUUGACUAUGCUGAGGAACAAGAACAAACCUGCUCCACAAAAGGAAAGGAUCAUUCUGGAUCAGUAUGGAUUGAAAAUAGUACCAAGGAAUCAACUUCCGAAAUGUCGAAUAGCUGAAGUGCAACAACGUGUUGUUUUAUCGGAUUCGCAGGACGGAUUCGAUCUACCACUCCUUCACGAUGUACCAACCGAUGUUCGUGUUGUUCGGAAACUUAUACGUCAGAAAAUGUUGCGUUGUAAAAAAUGCAAAAAUCGAUUCAUUGAGAAGAAUAUAUACGAACGUCAUUUACGUGACAAACACCCUAAAGAUUAUGCUGUGUAUAUCCAAGAACAGGAGGAAGAAGUUGAGACACAAAGAUUGGAAGAGAUCGAAGCUAAUCGAAUCGAGGAAUUGACCAGUGGCGGUUUCAUUCCGCCUGAAAAUGAGAUCGACAAUAAUCCAUUUGAUUAUUUAACCGAGGGGAUUCCGUUGCCAGGCGAAAAUUACAACAAUUAUGCUCCACGGUAUGAUAACUACGGAAACGUUAAGCAUGUGAAACGACCAUAUCGAAAAAAGGUUUCUCCACAAUGCCCGUUCUGUGACAAACGAUUCCGGAACGAAUUCUCGCUAAAGAAGCAUUUUGCCAAAAAACAUGAAGAAAUGGGAGAAUUUCAACAAUGCAUCAAGUGUUAUAAGUGUGUUCAAGAUGAUGAAGAAAUGAAAAACCAUGAAUGUGAAUUGACGUACGUGUGCUUCGAAUGCAACCCUAUACGAAACUUGGUCACAGACCAGCGACUCCUCAAUCACAGAAGAAAGUUCCAUAGAGGUGUCAAUUCUGGAUUCAAAUGCUCAUUCUGCAACAUGAAGUUUUUAACACCAAGAAAACUCAGGAAACAUAAAAAGAUGGCUCAUGUUUUUACAAAAACUUUCCAAUGCCAUUUCUGUGAAGAAAUCUUCAUCAGCGAAGUUGGCGUGAUGACUCAUGAACGUGUUCACACGGGUAUCAUCAAAUUUGAAUGCAAAGUGUGCGAUUUCAAAGCUAACCGAUUUAUCCAAAUGGAGGAACAUAUGAAAAAUGAGCACGGUUACGUUUGCUCAAUUUGUCAUACCAGAGUUGCGGAAUGGUCCGAUUUGAAGCACCACACACUAACUGAUCAUGGGGGGUACCUAGCAUCCGAUCGGGUAACAGGGCACAUUGAGAGCCCACGUCUUUGGAUUUUAUACAAAGGAGAAUAA